AUGCAUAAUCUUGUGCAGCAACGUCCUGCCAUUUUGGCAAGCAACAAUGACUCAGACAACGUGUUAUCGACAAAGCUGUUGAAUACAUGCGGAACUACAAAUAUGAUGAAUGGCACUCACAACAGUAUGGAUUCACUUAAUUCAACAGGUGUUGCCCAACUUGUAAAUGUACCAAAAACAGCGGACAAUGAUGCUGAUCUCGGACCCAUCACAUCACUCUUUACUACAUUUGAUGUGGAAAAUACCACUAAUGGUGUUUGUAUGGAAGAUGGAUCUUCUCAAUCUCUUCCUCCUCCUCCUGUGGUUGGGGCUACCAAAAGUAUGCGGAGUACAACUGCCGUUAAUGGUGUUCCUGUCGGAGCUGGUGUAAGUGUGGAAAGUUGUCCUUUUCCCGUUACAGGUAAUGCAAUGCGAGUACAAAAAGGUAAUCACUCUGCUAAUAUAAGUUCCUCUUCAUUUCCAUGGCACUCUGAGGAUAAUAUAAUGAAACCAUUAGGGUAUAGACCUUGGCAAGAACGAGAACGAAGUUUCACUACGCAACAAUCCAUCUCCCAAUCUCAGUUAUCACGUAUGCAUUCAAGUUACCCAGCCUUUAAGAGUACACCCUUCUUUGAUGCCUUUGAUAGUAAAUCCAUGAUGAGUGCUUCUAGACAAAGAGCAGUUUCCACAUCAACCAACUUUGGAAGAAUACAACAUGAUCCAUAUACAUAUAAUUCAGGAAGAACUACACCUGCUUCUAUGAGUGGUGUCUUAAGGGCACAAAGUGCGGCAACUUCACAAUCUAUGUUAUAUCCAGUUGUUGUGCAAACCGAUACGGAAGUGGAUAGUAAUAUCACAGUGGCUGUUAUGCAAAAGGUACCACGACAGACGGGAGCCCCAUUUAGAAUGAGUCCAAGACAACUCAGUACUGUCAUUCCAACUCUCUCUCCUCAACGUUUUGGAUCCAUCAGUUUGGAAACACCACGACGUACCUCUGUAACGGCACACAUGUCUACUACAAGUGUGAAUGUAUUACCUUUAGAUCGUGUUACAUUGAGAGAUGAUCUCAUGCGUCCUGUUUCCACCUCCAAUACACCAUUGUCUACCACAAGAGAAAAAUGGCAAGUCCCUGGAGAGGAAUCACGUGAUCUUUCAUUUCCCAGAGUGCGGUCUUACUCCCCACAGUCUACCCUUACUACUGCAUCCUCUGGUUUGGAGGAGGUUCACAAGGGGUUUGAUAUAAAGCAGGAAGAGAAGGAAGAGGAGGAGAAAAAAGAAGAAGAAAAAGAAAAAGAAGGGAAAGUGGAAUUACAACAAGAGAAGGAAAAGGAAUAUCAAGAAAAAAUUUCGCAAAAUGAUGAAAAUCUUCGGGUUGUGGUUGUGAAGGGAAAGUAUCAACGACAAAACUUCGUUACAGACAUCACAACAGUGUCAGUGGGAGCGUUAGUGAUUGUAGAAGGUGAUCGUGGAGAAGAUAUUGGUACUGUUGAAUGUAUUGAAAGCAUGGAAUACUUCAAAAGUAAAAACGCUAAUAUUGAGAUUCAGUUGAAAAAGAAAAUGGAAGUUGCGAACCGUAGCAGAAGUAGUAGUACCAGUAGUAACAAGAGCAUCAACAGUAGCAAUAAUAAUAAUAACAACAACAAUAAGAAGAGUAACAUCCCUAGUCCUAAUAAUAACUACGAUGGACAUAAACCUGGGAAUACGGGUGAAAAUAUCCCUUCACCAGUUUCACCCAAUAACCACAACAAGACUAACGGCAAGAAACGCAAGAACAUCAAGGAAUCCCACUCUCCACAAUCUCCAAAAGCUCAAGAAGCUGAAAAAACUCUAUCCAACCCAUUCUCUCUUCCACGUGUGUGUCGUCUCGCGACGGAGGACGAUCGCACCGCAAUGGCCUCCCUCCGCUCAUCAGAGGAGGCGGUGUUGCCGGAAGUUUGCCGCAUCGUCUACCGCUUCGCCCCUGCAGAGAAAGUCGUCGUGGACGAUGUGGAAUAUCAAUUGGACCGCCAAAAGAUCACCGUUUACGUGCGAAGAGAAAGUACAGACGUGUUUGUGAACUUCCGCCGUAUGCAGCGACGAUUGCAUCGACUGCUAAAGUGCCGUAUUUGGCUGGCAUACAUGGAUGAGGUGGAGACCGGCCGGUGUGCGGAGAAAUAA